GCGUCGCCUCAGCAUCCUCAGGCCCGGCAGCAGCCCCCGCAGUCGCUGGAGCGGCCGCGCCCGCCGCGGGGAGGGAGCAGCCCCUGGGGGAGGCUCCAAGUUGGUGAAGCGGCGAGGACCCUUGGACUCCUCGGAGGCUCGCCCCCGACGCCCCCGGGAGGGGCUGCGAGGCGAGUCGAGGCGGGCAGGGGCUCCGCGUUGCCCCGCUCCCCCAGCCCCCAGCUCCCAGCCCGCCGCGGCACCAUGCGCGCCCAGCGAGCGUGACCGGCUCCGCCCGCAGCCGGCCCGCAGCCCAGCCCUGCGCGCUCGCCGGCCACACCAAGCGGCGCCCGGGAGCUAUGAGCCAUGAAGCCGCCCGGCAGCAGCUCCCGGCCGCUGCCCCUGGCGGGCUGCAGCCUUGCCGGCGCCUGCGGCGGCCCCGCCAGCCCGGUGCCUGCCCGCGCCCCGGCCCGCGCGCCGCCCUGCCGCCUGCUCCUCGUCCUUUUCCUGCUGCCUCGGCUCGCCGCCUCGUCCCGGCCCCGCACCUGGGGGGCUACUGCUCCCAGCGCUCCGCAUUGGAAUGAAACUGCAGAAAAAAAUUUGGGAGUCCUGGCAGAUGAAGACAAUACAAUGCAACAGAAUAGCAGCAGUAAUAUCAGUUACAACAAUGCAAUGCAGAAAGAGAUCACACUGCCUUCAAGACUCAUCUAUUACAUCAACCAAGAUUCAGAAAGCCCUUACCAUGUUCUUGAUACAAAGGCAAGACACCAGCAAAAACACAAUAAGGCUGUCCAUCUGGCCCAGGCCAGCUUCCAGAUUGAAGCUUUUGGCUCUAAAUUCAUUCUUGACCUCAUACUGAACAAUGGUUUGCUGUCUUCUGAUUAUGUGGAGAUUCACUACGAAAAUGGGAAACCGCAGUACUCGAAGGGUGGGGAGCACUGCUACUACCACGGGAGCAUCAGAGGCGUCAAAGACUCCACGGUGGCACUGUCAACCUGCAAUGGACUGCAUGGUAUGUUUGAAGAUAAUACCUAUGUGUAUAUGAUAGAGCCACUGGAGCUGAUUCAUGAUGAGAAAAGUGCUGGUGGUCGACCACAUGUAAUCCAAAAAUUCAUGGCAGGACAAUAUUCGAAGCAAAUGAAGAAUCUCAGUAUGGAAGGCAGUGACAAGUGGCCCUUGCUGUCUGAAUUACAGUGGCUGAAAAGAAGGAAGAGAGCAGUGAGUCCAUCUCGUGGAGUGUUUGAAGAAAUGAAAUAUUUGGAACUUAUGAUUGUCAAUGAUCACAAAACGUAUAAGAAGCAUCGCUCUUCUCAUGCACACACUAACAACUUCGCCAAGUCUGUGGUCAACCUUGUGGAUUCUAUUUAUAAGGAGCAGCUCAACACCAGGGUUGUCCUGGUGGCCGUUGAGACGUGGACCGAGAAGGACCACAUUGACAUCACUACCAACCCUGUGCAGAUGCUUCAUGAGUUCUCCAAAUACCGGCAGCGCAUCAAGCAACAUGCGGAUGCUGUGCACCUCAUCUCACGUGUGACAUUCCACUAUAAGAGAAGCAGUCUGAGUUUCUUUGGAGGUGUCUGUUCUCGCACAAGAGGCGUUGGUGUGAAUGAGUAUGGUCUUCCAAUGGCAGUGGCACAAGUCUUAUCACAGAGCCUGGCUCAAAACCUUGGAAUCCAAUGGGAGCCUUCUACCAGAAAGCCAAAAUGUGACUGCACAGAAUCCUGGGGUGGCUGUGUCAUGGAGGAAACAGGGGUAUCCCAUUCCCGAAAAUUUUCAAAAUGCAGCAUUUUGGAAUAUAGAGACUUUUUACUGAGAGGGGGUGGAGCCUGUCUUUUCAACAGGCCAACAAAGCUGUUUGAGCCCACAGAAUGUGGAAAUGGAUAUGUAGAAGCUGGGGAGGAAUGUGAUUGUGGUUUCCAUGUGGAAUGCUACGGCUUGUGCUGUAAGAAAUGUUCUCUUUCCAAUGGCGCGCACUGCAGUGACGGACCGUGCUGCAACAAUACCUCAUGUCUGUUUCAACCACGUGGUUAUGAAUGCCGAGAUGCUGUGAAUGGCUGUGAUAUUACUGAGUACUGCACGGGGGAUUCUGGUCAGUGCCCACCAAAUCUUCAUAAGCAAGAUGGAUAUGCAUGCAAUCAAAAUCAGGGUCGUUGCUACAAUGGCGAAUGCAAGACCAGAGACAACCAAUGUCAGUUCAUCUGGGGAACAAAGGCUACAGGGUCUGACAAGUUCUGCUAUGAAAAGCUGAAUACAGAAGGAACUGAGAAGGGCAAUUGCGGAAAGAAUGGAGACCGUUGGAUCCAGUGCAGCAAACAUGACGUGUUCUGUGGGUUUUUACUCUGCGCCAAUCUCACUCGAGCUCCGCGUAUUGGUCAGCUCCAGGGAGAGAUCAUCCCAACUUCCUUCUACCAUCAAGGCCGGGUGAUUGACUGCAGUGGUGCUCAUGUAGUUUUAGAUGAUGAUACAGAUGUGGGCUACGUAGAAGAUGGAACACCAUGUGGCCCCUCCAUGAUGUGCUUAGAUCGGAAGUGCCUACAGAUUCAAGCCCUCAAUAUGAGCAGCUGUCCUCUUGAUUCCAAGGGUAAAGUCUGUUCAGGCCAUGGGGUGUGUAGUAAUGAAGCCACGUGCAUCUGCGAUUUCACCUGGGCAGGGACAGACUGCAGUAUCCGGGAUCCGGUUAGGAACUUGCCCCCGCCAAAGGAUGAAGGACCCAAGGGUCCUAGUGCCACCAAUCUCAUAAUAGGCUCCAUCGCUGGUGCCAUCCUGGUAGCGGCUAUUGUCCUUGGGGGCACAGGCUGGGGAUUUAAAAAUGUCAAGAAGAGAAGGUUCGACCCUACUCAGCAAGGCCCUAUCUGAGUCAGCGGCCCUGGAUUCAUACCGCCCUGCACGCUUGGGUUCUGAGUAUGACACACUUGCAACGAUGAUAUUGGAGCACAGUCUGUAAACAACACCGGCUGGUUCUAACUACAGGACUAGCGUUGGAGAGACAGGGACGGGGUCAACAAAAUGAAACAAACAAACAUAAACGGUCUCUUCUGGAAAUAAUUUCAAAGAACCCCUGCUAUCACUUGUCAAUAAAAGGGGAGCAAAAGACCACCUUACAAACUGUUUUAGAAUUUUUUUUUUCUAACUAAAGGAGAAAAAAACUUUUUAAAAAGUGCAAUAAAAGAACCAUUUAAAGAAAAAAAUAAAGCAAAUGAUUUUUUUUCUCAGCCUGCUGGCACUUAAUAUCUUCUAAGUGAUUUGGCAUGAUUUUUUUCUCUUACUACCAAUGACAAACUCCAGUGGCAUGAAGAUCAAAUUUUUGAAAGGAUAAAAACUGCAUGGCAUAUAUACAACAAGCUAGCAAGCCAAACCCCAGCAAAACCUGCAAUGGAAUUCCUAAGGCAAAGAUGAUCCAUAAACACCCAAAAGCUGCCUAAGCCUUGUCACAUAAUGCCUCCCCACUCCCCAUGCGCCACCCUCUCAUUCCUACCCAGUGCCUCCCACUUCCCACCCCUUAUAAUGUCUGUACCCCACCCUAGACUGGGCCUUGGCAGAACUCCACAGACCAUGCUCUUAUUGAUUCACUUUCCCCAUUGUUUUUUUUUUUUUUUUCUCUUGGACCAAGCAUCCUUUGGAAAUGGGAGCUGGAAUUUGAACAAUGAUGCUAU